UAGUCUCACUCUGUUGCCCAGGCUGGAGUGCAGUGGCACAAUCUCAGCACACUGCAACCUCCACCUCCCGGAUUGAAGCGAUUCUCCUGCCUCCACCUCCCAAGUAGCUGGGAUUACAGGUGCUCAUCACCACGCCCAGCUAAUUUUUUUUUUUUUUGCAUUUUUCGUAGAGACAGAUAUUCACCAUGUUGGCCAAGAUGGUCUUGAACUCCUGACCUCAAGUGAUCCACCCACCUCGGCCUCCCAAAGUGCUGGAAUUACAGGCGUGAGCCACCGCGCCCAGCCUGAAAGAGCCUUCUGAAGGUCCCACGUUAAGGAAACAUUUGCUGGGGCCCCAAACCCCACCAUCAGGCCCACACCGGCAGCUGGCCUCAGGGAGGGCGGGAACUGCUCUCUACACAAAAAUGGUUUUGAAAAUAACCCAGCCAAAGGGGAAUUGCUUCAUCCGUUGCACAUUCACUUCUCCCUUUCACUGUGCAAUUUAAGUAAAACAAGGUGAAGCAGGAACCGACUCUCACCAUCCCCACUCCCACCUCCAUGAAUUCCAUCGGACACUUGUGCGAAAGCGGACUGGCUCUGGGGUCUGGCCUCCAACCAUUGGUGGACUGUCUGUCCUGUAAGCCCCCCAGGGGCUGAUGCCCUCCCAGUCUGCCUGCCCUGUUCUUAGCACAGCCCCUGGCCCCCCGUGUGAUCUCAGGAAAUACUUGCUAAACAUAGUAUCGCAGGAGAAACGGAGCCCACAGCUUAGUGCAAAGACCUGGCGGCGUGGACUGAGGCUGCAGAAACGCAGAAACGCGCUUUUCCUGCCAGAAGGGGACAUCUGCGUGGUCGGGAGUACCUCUGGGGCACGUGCCCUAAUUCCAGAAACAUCUAAGCUGGAGUGCAGUGGCACUGUAAUAGCUUACUGCAACCUUGAACUCCUGGCUUCAAGUGAUCCUCCCGUCUGGGCCUCCCAAAGCACUGGGAUGACAGGUAUGAGCUACCGCUCUCAGCCACAACUGGGUUUUAAGCGCACUCCUCCAGCCCACUCCAGUGUCUUCCAUCAUUCUGUGAAAGUACCAAAAGAGGACCAAGCCCAGGAAGCCGCCAGCAGGCCUCUCACCAGCCAAGAUGGCUGGAAUCCUAAUAUCAAGAAAUGAAACUCCAGCAGGCCAUGGAAAUGCUAAGGGGUUGGCAUUUCUGCUCUAGAGAGAGCCAAAGAGAAAGCUCUAUUUAUAUCUCCUUGCGUUUGGUCGCAGCCUCAUCAACCAAAAGAACCUUCCUCAUCAACCAAAAGAACCUUCCUCAUCAACCAAAAGAACCUUCCGCCCCACUCAACACAUCAAUCAAAUUGGGGAGGGGGUGUGAAUAGCAGCAGCGGGUGUUACAGAGGAGUCUCAAGGGUAUCUUAGAGGGUGCCUCUCUGAAAAGUCAUCCCCUCCAAAUCCCCCCCAAGAGAAUUACUAGGACAUUCUCCUUCCCCCCGCAAGCAACGGCACCCCCAGAUGAUUAACGUGCUGGCGUCGGAAAGAGCUGGGAUUCUGGAGAAACUGCUUGUAAACUGUGUGGCUUGGUGAGUUAUUUAACUUUUCUGAGCCUUCGUUUCCUUAACUGUAAAAUGAAGACACCACCACUCAGCUCCUACAGUUGUCCAACUGAAAUCACCUAGGUAAGAACGACCAGUUCUUUGGGGAGUAAUGUCCCGAUGGUACCAUUCAAUUGUCAAGAACACCAAGGCACCGUCAGGCACCCGGGCGGUAUCCCACUCUCCUGGAAGAGAGCAGGGGGUUAGCCCUUGGUUUCAAAGUCCUUAGGGAGCAGUAAACCUUCCCCUCCGAGAGCCCUGAGAGAGGAAUAAUUGCCCCUUCCCACUCCAACCCACGGCACACCCGCCCACAUCCACGUGCGGCUGUGCCCAGCAUCUCAGAGAUAGGACUUCUCAGGAAUCGGCGGGAAGAAGCCCCCUUGAUGGAAUCUGGUGGGGUUCAAGAUCUGCAGGUCCCACCUUCCAGGGAACACCUGCACAAGUGAGACCUGCCCGAUCAGCCCCGCGCUCCAUCCGCAAACUGGGCAGAUCCCAAGGGUGCCACGCGAGGACCCUGCACCUUGGCCGCUCCAGGGCGCCCCCCACCCGCGACCCCGGAAAUCUCGUCCCUACCUGCUUCACCCUCGCCCCACCCACAGCGCACUUUUCGGGACCUCCCAGCGGCCCUUCCCCGGUUCUCUGGACCCCCGUCUCCCCGCCCUGCAACGCCCCCAUCCUGGUGCCCACGAAAGGUCGUCCCAGUUCUCCUCUUCUCUACCUCAAAGGAGGAGGUGCAAAUGAGGAAGCCUAAAUAAAAACAGGAAACUCGAUUUUUUUAAAAAGCCUCAUUCAGGCUGAA